UCCCGUUUCCGCCGCGGGCAGUGUGCCGGCCAGUGCCACCGGGAGGCGCGGUCGUCCUCCGCCCGCGCGCCGGGGGCCGGCCCUGCCGCCUGCGCCUUUUUCCCCGCGCUCACCGCGGCGGCGCGCGGCCACUAGCCAACCGCAGGGAGUGCGGUGGCUGCAGCGCCCUGUGCUCGGAAGAUGGUCCCCGCGGCUGGACAGCUCGCUCUGCUAGCGCUGGGUAUCCUGUUAGCUGUGUGCCAGGCUCUGGAGAACAGCACAUCCCCCCUGAGUGACUCUCCUGUGGCAGCUGCAGUGGUGUCUCAUUUCAACGAGUGCCCAGAUUCCCACACUCAGUUCUGCUUCCAUGGAACCUGCAGGUUUUUGGUGCAGGAGGAGAAGCCAGCAUGUGUCUGCCACUCUGGGUAUGUGGGUGCUCGCUGUGAGCAUGCAGACCUCCUGGCCGUGGUGGCUGCCAGCCAGAAGAAGCAGGCCAUCACUGCCUUGGUGGUGGUCUCCAUUGUGGCCCUGGCUGUCCUGAUUAUCACCUGUGUGCUGAUCCACUGCUGUCACGUCCGCAAGCACUGUGAGUGGUGCCGUGCCCUCGUCUGCAGACACGAGAAGCCCAGCGCCCUCCUGAAAGGAAGGACCGCUUGCUGCCACUCUGAGACAGUGGUCUGAAGAUCCCAGAGAUGGAAUCUGGCCAGGUGGCCUAUGGCAUCCCAGUGACAGAAAAACUUCUUGGGACAACACCCCCGACAGUGCCCAGGCACCGGGGACAUGCUGGCCAGCCUUCUCUCACCGCACAAUCGCCUGUGAAGCCUUCUGUCCUUUGCAGGCCUCCAAGACUGUGUGAUAACUCUGCCUGCUGGGCUUCCUCAGUACACCCUAGAGAGGAGGCCAGUAGACCACGUUUUAGACACGCUGAACAAGAACCUCAAAGGGCUGGCCGUCUAGCUAACCCACCCCGGACAUGUGUUUGGGGUGGUGUCUCCUGCCAGCCGUGGUUUCCAGGCUGUUUCUUCUCAAUGGGGCCGUCUGCCCCCAGCAGAGACUCCUUGGCUGAUGUACAAAAUGGACAAGGGGAAACGUCUCUUGUUGUAUGAAGACACUGUGGCCUCCCUGGCGCCUUGACAUCUCCUCAAGCUGUUGCCAGGAUGUGUGUCUUAUUUAUUAGAUGGAUAAAUGGUUUUAUUUUUAAUAUCUUAAGUUAAUGUCAGGCAUCCACAUUAAUGAUACAUAAGCAGUUGGCUGUGAAGUUACACCAAAUAGAGAUGUCCAGCCGCUUUGAUACAGCAAGACUGCAGGGAAGGGGGCCUCCCAGGAGCUGUAGAGACAGCGUUCAAAAGUGCACUCCGGUGGAAGCAAAACUCCUGUUUGCAGGUCGUGCCCUCUAAGAUACAAAGCGGGAAAGUCCCCCAGAAACACACUGUAGCAGAGUUAGCCAGGCCAGUGGCAUGGAGAGUCCCCCUGGCCAGGGCAAGAGCACGAGAGCCUGUGUGGACACCUAGGAGGACACGCAUGCCAAUGCCUGAGUAAGUGGAUUAACUUCCUCGUGAGCCCAGCUCCAGCUUUAGCAGCCAGCUGUGGGCCAAAUCCAUGAAGGGGACCAGUCCUGUUUUCCACGCUGUUGCCUUGGUUUCUGCUUUAUUUUUAGAAAGAGAAAUUUAACUUUCCUAUUUAUUUUCAAGCACUGGGAUAAAUAUCCCACUGUUGUUUUGCUUUGUUUUGUUUUGUUCCCUUUCAGAACAUUGGCAUUAUUAACAAAAUCGCUGCCAAGCCUCUCAACUCCACUCUGGAGAAGGAGACGUGUUCCCUGAGCUCCUGAGGAUGCUCUGACCCAUCCCCCCCCCAUCCCUGGGCUGCUCGGUACUGUCUGGAGACAGAAUGACAGUAAACACACAAAGCUGCUUACUGAAGAGGGCACUCUCUGACUCAGAAGUGUAAGCCCCGUCAGCCCUCCUCAGCCUCUCACAGGGCAUCAGGACAGGGACGUUUGACGAACCGAGUCAGUUUGGUUUCUAUCAGAAAGACUUACCUGUUCCUCAUUCUUCUCCCUUCUGCCUUUUCCUAUGGAAUUUUUCUUCUCAUAUGAUCUAGGCAUUGAUCUGACCUAGGUCUUAGCCCUGCACUCUUUGUUCACAAUGCCUGCAACCUCAAAAGAAGAAGCUGGGUCUGUUCAAUGCUGUCCUCUAACUACAUAGCUGACACAGCUCUAGGCAGAGGUCAUCGUUUUCAUUAUUUUAUUAUUAUUAUUUUGGUUUUGGUGUUUCGUUUGCUUCUUUUUGUGAGACAAGGUCUUGCUGUGUAGCUCAGGUUGGCCUUGAACUCAAGAUCUUCCUGCUGCAGCCUCCUGGGUUUUGGGCUUACAGGUGUACGCCACCAUGCCCCGCAGAGUUUUUCAAUCUUUAAAAGUAGGUUAAGUUUGCAUUCCUUGGUGUCAUUCAUGUGGGUCAAGGUCGAGUGUAGCCUGCUGCUCAGAGACCAAUCAACUGCACUGGACUUUAGACCUCUAUUGGCUCCCAGCAUUCUCAGCAGACCCUGCCUGAAGUCCUGCUCGUGGAGACCGACAUAAAUGGAGGUGUGGGGCUUGUUUUAGUUUAGUGCACACUGUUAUCUUCAGAUAGCAGGUCUUCUUCUGGUCUGUUGGUUGCUCCUGGACAUCUGACUUCUUUUAAGGAGCUUGAACUAAUAUCAAAAUAUUAACAGGAAUGUCCCAUCCUAAAGAUGUUACCAGGAAUUGCCAUCCAAGACCCAUGGGGGAAAUUAGGAAAAACACAUGAUGGUGGAGACAGAGGAUCCCAGGGAGGACCUCAGCCUGGUGUCUGAACAUUCAUUCCAGUCCUCAGGUCCAGCCUGUCACGGCAGCAGGUAGCCCUCCUGGUGCCCAUACACAAACGCAGCUGGCUCACACGCCCGCUAGAAGUGCCUUCCCAGUGAGGCCUUUUGCAAAACAAUGGGUCUGAACAGUCAGAAGCUGAGACUGGGUUGAGACAAGUCUGGCUGGACAUCGUCCCUGCCCCAGCAGAUGACAGCCCUGCUUUUUGGUAACUUUGAUUUUGGAAGUCAGACAAAUACUAUUUUCCUUCUUGGGCCAUCUCACAGCACAGAUACCCUUGGUUAGCCUACCAGUGCCCUCCUGUCAGUUCACACUGCUCUCCUGUCAACUCACACUGCACUCCUGUCAGCUCACACUGCACUCCUGUCAGCUCACACUGCACUCCCCACAGCACCCUCCUGUCAGCUCACACUGCACUCCUGUCAGCUCACACUGCACUCCUGUCAGCUCACACUGCAUUCCCCACAGCACCCUCCUGUCAGUUCACACUGCAUUCCUGUCAGUUCACACUGCAUUCCUGUCAGUUCACACCACACUCCUGUCAGCUCACACUGCACUCCUGUCGGCUCACACUGCACCCUCCUGUCAGUUCACACUGCACUCCUGUCAGCUCACACUGCACCCUCCUGUCAGUUCACACUGCACUCCUGUCAGCUCACACUGCACCCUCCUGUCAGUUCACACUGCACUCCUGUCAGCUCACACUGCACCCUCCUGUCAGUUCACACUGCACUCCUGUCAGCUCACACUGCACUCCCCACAGCACCCUCCUGUCAGUCCACAAUGUACUUCCUGGCCCUCUCUUGGUGUUCUAUGCAUCUAUAAAUAAGGAGUAGUCCUUAGUGACCACACAGGACAGUGGACAGCACAGCUGUUCCAGUGACUCGGGGGACUAUGAACAUCCCCAAUGAAUGAACUGAAAUUAAUUCUAGGAACAUCGAGAUGGCUCUGUGAGUAAACGUACUUACCAACAACCCUGAGGACCUGAGUUCAAUCCCUGGGACCCACAUGGUGGAAAGAGAGAAUUGUUCUACAUACAUGCUCUCUCUCUCUCUCUCUCUCUCUCUCUCUCUCUCUCUCUCUCUCUCUCUCUCUCUCUCUCUCACACACACACACACACACACACACACACAAAUUUUUAAAAAUAAAAUGAAUUUUAGAAAGGCCCACACACACCUCUAGUUGUGACUUUAAACACACCACAGGACACAUUUUCUCUGUGGAAAAAUACAAUGGUGACUCCAACCUGUAAGUUAGAUUCCAGGUGGACAUACACAGAACCAAGCCCAGAAAAAGGUGGGACUAGUCCAAGAUCCCUUUUCUCCCUUAAAAAGGGGAAGGGGGGCAGGAGGCAGAGUUCGUCCUGAGCACUCAACGCGUGUGAGGGAGGAGGCUGUGACUCUAGGUUUAGUUAGUGGAUUGUUCCCUUCAAGUAUAGAAAGUCACCUGGGGUCCCCAAACCAAGUUUCCUAGUGCCUGUGAGUCACUGGAUGGACCAGAAACAUUCUGACACUACAGGCCCAGUCCUCUGGUGAGUUCUAAGCCUGUCUCUCCCAGGACCAAGGGGAGGCCAUACAAAAUAACACAUGCAUUUUUGACAUAGGGUUUCACUCUAUAGCCCAGGCUAGCCUUGAACCCGUGAUUCCCCGGCCUCAGCCUCCAGGGUUACAGGUGUGUGCCACCACACCUGGCUUAUGUUUGUUUUUAGUGUUCUGGUGUAAGACUUAUUCCCUAAAACCAUUGUUUUGUCUCGAAGACAUAGUGUUGCACACACACAAAGUACUGAAAAGCAACUCCUCUCCAUAGUGUAAUAACUUUAUUAUAAGAGUCUGAUGCUGUUUUUAGAACUCAUCAUUCUGACUUCUGUAUAUGAUGCACUGAAGGUUAAUAUGUAAUGUUUUAAUUUAUUUUAUGUGGUAAGUUAAUUUUGGUUCUGUAAUGUAUUAAUGUGAUUAGAAGAUUUUUCCUUAAUAUCUGAAUUAUACUUAAAGAGUAGUGAAGAACAUAAGAUACUGUUGUGUUUUCCAGAAAUGUGUAUUGUUACUCAGUUGUAUUGUACCUUGUUGGGAAGGAUGAAGGAAUGAACUCUUUUAUUUCCUAAAUACCAAGACUGGAAUUUUCCUUUAAUGUGGCUAACCGAAGAUUUCUCUGAAAAGGUGAAUAAGAAAAAGUAGUAGGUAA